UUCAAUCCUCAAACAACGAUGACCUGACAACCCCUUGAUGAAAUUGCCAGUGACUGUCCUGAAUUUCAAAUUUACAGACAUCUUCAUCUUUGAUCUUAGUCUUUCUUCCCCUGUGAUAUUGAAAUAUGGUCUGCCAUUUAUGGGAGACUUGUGAAGGAAGAACUCCUUGUGUUCCCAACGGUAAAUCUCCAAAAUAAUAAUUAUUAUAAAAAUAAAAUAAAAUUCCCAAAAACGACUUUGGGGUAUUUUCAACCACUCUUUUGAUCAUUUUUCUUUUGGUUUCACUUUUGCUUUCAAAACAAACAAACAAUUUUUCAUCAGUAGUCCAAAUCCUCAGUCUCGUUUAAUUUCGCCGUGCGGAUUCAGCCGGCACGAAUACUUUCUGCAAUUGGAUUCUGGAUUAUUUUGGGAAUCGAAUUUGAAUUUGGUUGAAGAAUGGCAUCGAAGCAAAUGGAAUCGAUUCAAAAAAAAUUGGCGAUGUUGAAUUACCCGAGAGCCAAUGCUCCAGCGCAGUCGCUACUCUUCGCCGGCAUGGAACGCUACGCUCUUCUUGAAUGGCUCUUCUUCAAAUUAUUGGGUGAUAAGUCGCCAUUCUCGCAGCAAAAUCUUCAAGGGGAUACUGUGGAUCGAGAUGAAGAAACCUCAAGGAUACAAUAUUUGGCAGAGAUUGCAAAGUUUCUUGGGAUCACAACUACUGUUGACACUGAAGCCAUCCAAGGUCGAGGAAGUUAUGAAGAUCGUACUGAAAUGCUCCGCCUAAUUGUAGAUCUUGUGGAGGCAAGCAUUUAUGCUGAUAAUCCUGAGUGGAGUGUUGAUGAGCAAGUGGCCAAAGACAUACAGUUAAUAGAUGCCAUUGCUGAAAAACAAGCUCAAAUAUUUUCCGAAGAAUGCAAAUUGUUUCCUGCUGAUGUGCAGAUCCAUUCCAUAUAUCCCUUGCCAGAUAUAUCUGAUUUGGAGAAACAACUUUCCGAUCAAUCAAACAGACUUUUGAACCUUCAAGAGAUGGUUGAUGAUCUAGCAUCAAAGCACCCUUAUAACCCUGAUGAAGAUUAUGUCGAGGUUGAAGCAAAAUUACGUGCACAUCUGGAAUCUUUUCUAGAAACUGCAAAAUCUUUUAAUACCAUUUAUACCAAGGAAAUACGCCCGUGGACACACAUGAUGGAGGUUCCUCAACUUCAUGGAUUUGGACCAGCUGCAAAUCAAUUAUUGGAAGCAUAUAAGAUGCUUUUGAAGUUUCUAGGAAAUUUGAAGAACCUUAGGGAUUCCCACGCGGCAGUAGCAGUUGGGUCUUCGGAAACAGUAGGAGGAGGUGAGCCAUCUUCAGUGAUGAGAAUAAUUUCCGAGUGUGAGAAUGCACUGACAUUCUUGAACCGGGAUCUUGGAAUUCUUUCUGCAUCUAUUGCUCGGGAACAGGGACAGGAGAUGUCUCUCUAAUGGUAAAUAUAUAUCUAUCUUCGAGUGUUGCGGCACAUUGCCGAAUGAAUUCAGGUUAGUGCAAGUACAAUGUGUACACUCUUUCUUGUUGAUAAUGGAGAUUGGAGGAGGGGGAGGGUCAAGUAUAGUUAGUGUUAAAUUGUUAUAUUGACUGGACUGAAACGUGAUCCUUCACUCUUUCUCUGUGCAAUUGGUGUUCUACUUCUAACUCAUUGACUUAUAUUAGUGUGUUUUUAGGGAUUAAUCAACAAAUAAACUAUAGAUUUGAACAAGUCCAUUCCUAUUGCACAACAAAAAUCGUGUGUAAUUAAUUUAUAUUUUAUGUAUUGGCCGUGGCA